AGACAAGAAGAGAGGAAAAGAUGUCGUCUAUGAUCACUUCCACAGCAUGGGUGCCUCGCGGUCAUGCGGCGGCAUACCCGACGAAAUACAACAUGGACGACGAAGAAUACGCGAGAAUCGCAAAGCUGGCGAAGCUUGAAUUGGAGGAUGCAAAGGACGAUUUGGAGAAGGCGCGGGACUCGUUGAAUAAAGUCAACAUGGGCGAAGUGGACGAUGCUGAUAAUGGCGCCGAGGAGGAAGACAGCGACAACGACGACAACGACGACGACGAUAACGAUGAUGACCUCGCCAAGGACGAUGAUCUGGCCGAGUACGAUAUGGAGCACUACGACGAUGAGCCUGAUAUGCCGGAAGAUGAAGACGAGGAUGCAAAAACAGGAGGAAUAUUCAGUAAUAUCAAGUCAUUGGCGUAUCAUGCAGAUGGCGAGAAGGAUCCAUAUCUGACACUGCCCGAAGGCGAAGUCUCGGAUGAUGAGGAGCGAGAAGAGCUGCAGAUUCUGCCCACGGACAACAUGGUCCUGGCUGCGCGGAUAGAGGAUGAAGUGGCACAUCUGGAAGUCUAUGUCUACGAAGAUGAGGCGGACAACCUCUACGUGCACCACGAUGUCAUGCUUCCUGCAGUCCCAUUGUGCGUAGAAUGGGUCGGGACAAAGGUGGGCCAGGGAGAUGUCGGAGAAGGGGGCAAUUUCGCAGCAGUGGGCACCAUGGAUCCGGAUAUUGAGCUGUGGGAUCUGGAUGUUGUGGACUGCAUGUACCCCAAUGCUGUUCUGGGUCAGAGCUCGCAACCCGAUGCGCCCGAUGCAGCGGCAAAGAAGAAAAAGAAGAAGAGCAAGAAAGCCAAUGAGAAAUACCACGUCGACGCGGUUCUCGCGCUGGCCGCGAACAGGAACCACCGCAACUUGCUUGCCAGCGCUUCUGCAGACAAGACGGUAAAGUUGUGGGAUUUGAACACUUGCACAGCAGCACAUUCUUACGAACACCACACGGACAAGGUAUGCGCACUCGCAUGGCACCCUACUCAGUCCGCAAUCCUGCUGUCAGGUGCAUAUGACCGCACCGUCGUGGCAGCAGAUAUGCGUGUCAAGGACGGCAAAGUCCCACGCUGGGGAGUCGAGAGCGACGUGGAGCAAAUACAAUGGGAUCCGCACAACGAAAACAACUUCUACGUCAGUACCGAGUCGGGAGUACUACACUGCUUCGACGCACGACAACAGCCCGCCACUCCCGAAAAGAGUAAACCAAUCUGGAGACUACAGGCCCACGAGAGCGAACUUUCCACAUUCUCCAUCAACCCAGCUGUACCCGGCUUCAUCGCCACGGGAUCCACAGAUAAAACCGUCAAACUCUGGAACGUGACAGAAACCGGUCCCAGCAUGGUCGUGUCGCGUGAGCUCGAAGUGGGCAAAGUCUUCUCCGCAAACUUCGCGCCCGACAAUGAAAUUGCAUUUCGAUUGGCGGUGGCGGGCAGCAAAGGCGCCGUACAGGUCUGGGACACGAGUACCAACCGGGCUGUUCGCGAAGCGUUCGCCACGCGUGUCAAAAUGCCCGAGGGCGAUGUCAAAGAACGACUGGUGGGUAUCGAGCAGGAUGAUGAGAUUGAAGAGGAAGAAGCCGAAGCAGAGGAGAAUGGUGGUGAAGGCGGAUGGGAGUCGAUGGACGAGGACUAAGUAGGUAGCCAAGCUUCAGGCUUCAGCAGUCAAAUUUAUACACAGAUCACUUCCCUAUAACAACAAAGCG